AUGGCGGACAACACCCCGGCGGCUGUGCCGGAAAUCUCGACUCGAGAUCAAACAACGGCGUCAUUGAGCGAUCAGAGCGACUUCUCCACCGGUCUGAGCGUUGAUGACGAUGCCGAUUCUGCUCUCGGAGACGUGGACGCCCCACCAUCGACGCAAUCGCUAAGAUCAAGCAUCUACGAGUACGUCGAGGAGCACGGGCGGACCUUCCACAGGUACAAGCAAGGGCGGUACUGGAUGCCCAACGACGCGGUCGAGCAGGAGCGCCUGGACCUGCAGCACGCCGUGUUCACGAUGCGGCUCGGCGGCGAGCUCGGGCUCGCGCCCAUCUCGGACCCGCAGUCGGUGCUGGACCUCGGCACGGGCACGGGCAUCUGGGCCAUCGAGUGCGCCCUCAAGUACCCCUCUGCCCGCGUCGUCGGCACCGACCUCAGCCCCAUCCAGCCCGAGUACGUGCCGCCCAACUGCAGCUUCGAGGUCGACGACGCCGAGGACGAGUGGGUGUACGGCGGCGGCACCGGCGACGGCGGGGGCGGCCGGUUCGACUACGUCCACCUGCGCAUGAUGUUCCACUGCUUCAGCGACCACAGGCGCGUCAUGCGGUCGGCGCUGGCGCACCUCCGGCCGGGCGGCUACAUGGAGUGGCAGGACUGGUCGUGCGUGCUGCGGUGCGCCGACGGGACGAUGAGCGGCACGGCGCUGGAGCGGUGGUCGCGCCUGUACGUGGAGGCGGGCGGGCGCCUGGGGCGCGACAUGCUGGCGCCGCACAAGUACAAGGGGUGGAUGUCCGGCGCGGGCUUCGUCGACGUCGUCGAGCGCCGCCUCGCCGUCCCCGGGAACCCCUGGGCCAAGGGCCGCGAGAACAAGCGCCUGGGCAGCCUGCAGAUGAGCAACUUCCUCGACGGCCUGCACGCCGCGUCCAUGACGCUGUUCACCAGGGGCCUGGGCAUGACUCCCGAGGAGGUGGAGCUGUUGCUUGUCGACUGCCGGAAGGCUAUCAAGGACACGGGCAUCCAUUUUUACUGGCUCACAUACGUGGUGUACGGUCGUAGGCCUCGAGAGGAUGAGUUGCCAUUGGCAGAAUAG